GCACCAGAUCCAACAUGGAGGUCGAAAGUGGUGGCGACUUCGAACAAUGGUUGUGCUUAAAACUAAAGCAUUUAGGACUCGAUGAAGAGGUCUUUGGCAGCUAUGUUACUGGAGUUCUUGACGAGGAAGACUCUAACGAUGACGAUCGCCAGGAAGCGUUGGUUGGGAUCCUAGACGGAAUGACGGAAGCACCAGUUGAAGAAGUUUCUGAUGAAAUCCUGUCACGGUGGAAAAUAUCAAGAGCUGAUGUUAUAAAGAAAAGACAGCUUGAUAAAGAACAAGAAGUUGCCGAUAAGAGAAACAAGCUUGCCCAAAUAAUGGAGAAACAGGCAUCCACUCUAUCAACUGCCAAACCAGCCAAGCAAGUAGACGCUGAACUCAAAAGAAAGCUGCUGAAUGAGUAUGGCCAUCAGUCUGAAGAAGAAAAUUAUUCUGACAGCGAAGAUGAAGUUGAAACACUUGAAGCACGUGUCCCACCUCGACUAACUGGCAACGAACAAGAUCUCUUUAAAAAUACCAAUUCUCAAGCUGUUCAAGAGAAAGAAAGAGAAAAACGUGAGAAAGAAAAAAAGGAAAGUGAACAGAAAAAACAGCAAAUCAAGGACGCCAAAGAAAAACAGAAGCAAAAAAAUGACGACAGAAAAGAGAAAGAGAAAAAGAGGACUCAAAAAGGAGAAAGACGAAGAUGACAGGAUCAGUAAAGUAAUUAUUAAUAAAUAACAAAGUAUAAAACUAGGGAUGCUUUACUGCUUUAUCGAAGGAAGUGAAGUCUGGCAGAUCUGAGUAGUCUUAGGGUGCUUACCAUUUACCAGGAAAAACCAGAAAUUCCAGUUGGAAAACAAAUGGCAUGCGUCAUUCUGAUAGGGAUUUUUGUUCGACUUUAUGAGUUUCUUUAAUAGCACCGAAACUACAAAA